AUGGCUCAGUUCACUGGGGACGAUGAUGAAAUUGAGUCAUUGCGAAUCGAGUUAACAGAGAUCGCUAGGAGCAUGCGGAGGUCAUUCCAAAGUUUUCGGAGCAAUGGAAGAACAAGUUCUGCAAUGGGAGAUCUUGAUGAUCACUAUAAUGAUUCUGAUGUUGGAGCUGCUGCUGUUGAGUAUUACGAACAGUGGGCAGCGAUUGAGAGAUUGCCCACUUAUGAAAGAACCAGAUUAUCCUUGUUUGAUAAUUAUGAUGAUGAUGAUGAUGAUCAUGAUCAGAAAGGAAGUGGAGAUGGAAAACGAGUGGUUGAUGUUAGAAAGCUUAAAGCUCCAGAACGACGUGUGUUCAUAUCAAAGCUUAUCAAGAACGUUGAGAAUGAUAAUCUCCGUUUGUUGCAGAAACUUAGAGAUAGAAUUGACAGGGUCGCUGUAAAAUUGCCCACCGUAGAAGUGAGGUAUAAGAACUUAAGUGUUGAAGCAGAGUGUGAAGUAGUUCAUGGCAAGCCACUCCCAACUUUAUGGAACUCUUUUAGAAGCACAGUUAAUUGUUCUUCUAUUUCUUACAUAUUUGGGCUUUUUAUUGGACAGGACUUUACAAAGCUGUUUGGUUCAAAGUCUCAGAUAGCCAAGAUUAGCAUUCUCAAGGAUGUCAGAGGUGUCAUCAAGCCUAGCAGGUAG